AUGCUCAUCACCGACCCACUCCAGCAUCGACAGACGCAAGUAGUCCUCGUCUUAGAUGCACUCGACGAAUGCAAGUCUGGAGCACAGAGAAAAGAACUGGUUGAGACUCUCGCUUCUGCUGCUCAGGAGAGCAAGAAUCUUCGGAUAUUCAUCACAAGUCGACCAGACCCUGUGGUUGAAAGGGUUUUAGAACCUCUUUCGAUCAAGGCCAAGUUGACAGAUCGGCUCCACGAUGCUAGCCACCGCGACAACAUCGAUGACAUUGCGAUAUACGUCCAUCGAUUGCUCGGCCGGCGCCUGACGCCAGAUAAGAUCCAGCGACUGGUUGAUAAGGCCAAGGGGCUGUUCAUUUGGGCGAGCACUGCGUGUCGGAUGCUCGAUGAUGAAUCAUCUGCGGUCAAUACAGCGGCCAUAUAUGAUCGCCUGACGUCUAUUGAUCAGCCUGGAGCCAUCGACGAGGUAUACGACCUCGUCUUCGAGCGCAUUGACCGAGCAUCCAAACCAGCUAUCAUUGAAAUGCUCGGUAUGCUGCUUGCUGCGUUCGAACCACUCACCACCCAUGACUUGGAAGACCUUGUUCAGCAUACCAAAGGACAAGGGAGUGCCGAAGCGCUGGUACGGAUUCUGGGAAGUGUACUUAAGGAGGAUCCGAUCACGCACUCGAUACAGUUUCGUCACCCCACCUUUUUCGAAUAUCUUCGACGACGCUGUAGCACCGAAAUUAUCGGCGAUUGCGACAAGAAUCUUAUCAACAUCGCGCGUGCACAUGGCCAAGCCGCAUCAUGGUGUCUUCACACUCUCAAAUCGCGCAAGGAGGGGCUCAAGUUUAAUAUUUGCCAAAUCGAGUCAUCCUUCUAUCUGAAUAGGCAGAUUACAGACCUUGACGCCCGGGUUGCGAAAUUCAUUUCGCGGAGGCUUCGCUAUGCUAGUUUGCACUGGUCGUUCCAUGUUGCCGCAAUGGACAGUGACUGGGGCCGCAGGCUAAGGAAUGAGCUGGCACGUAUAGUCAAAAGUCCAUUCGCACUCUAUUGGAUGGAGAUCCUCAGCGUGACUGGAGGAGUCAUGCGGGCAGUAUCUGGAAUGCGAGCUGCGACGCAACAUAAGAGUCUUGAGCAAGAGAUCCGAGGUCGGAUGAAUGACAUCAGACGGUUUUUGAUGGCAUUCUCUGUACCAAUCCAAGACAGCGCACCACACAUCUACAUCUCAUCUCUCCCAUUCAGUCCACGGAAGUCGGUACUUCAUACGGAGGGUUUAAAGGAGUAUAUGAAUUCGUUAAUUGUGACCAGAGGGCUUGAAGAAACAUUUCGUGAGCUUCCCAGAACGCUGCUAGGUCACCAGGGUAGUGUCACAGCAGUUUCAUUCUCACCAGAUGGCACACGAAUCGUCUCUGGCUCUUGGGACAGGACAAUUCGACAGUGGGAUGCAGAGACUGGCCAGCCAUUGGGAGAGCCACUCCAAGGUCAUGAAUACUCGGUGAACGCUGUCGCAUUCUCACCAGAUGGCACACGAAUCGUCUCUGGCUCAAGCGACAGCACAAUUCGACAGUGGGAUGCAGAGACUGGCCAGCCAUUGGGAGAGCCACUCCAAGGUCAUGAAGACGAUGUCAUGGCUGUCGCAUUCUCACCAGAUGGCACACGAAUCGUCUCUGGCUCUUGGGACAGGACAAUUCGACAGUGGGAUGCAGAGACUGGCCAGCCAUUGGGAGAGCCACUCCAAGGUCAUGAAGACGAUGUCAUGGCUGUCGCAUUCUCACCAGAUGGCACACGAAUCGUCUCUGGCUCAAGGGACAGCACAAUUCGACAGUGGGAUGCAGAGACUGGCCAGCCAUUGGGAGAGCCACUCCAAGGUCAUGAAUCCUCGGUGAACGCUGUCGCAUUCUCACCAGAUGGCACACGAAUCGUCUCUGGCUCAAGCGACAGGACAAUUCGACAGUGGGAUGCAGAGACUGGCCAGCCAUUGGGAGAGCCACUCCAAGGUCAUAAAGAUGAUGUCAUGGCUGUCGCAUUCUCACCAGAUGGCACACGAAUCGUCUCUGGCUCAAGGGACAGCACAAUUCGACAGUGGGAUGCAGAGACUGGCCAGCCAUUGGGAGAGCCACUCCAAGGUCAUGAAUACUCGGUGAACGCUGUCGCAUUCUCACCAGAUGGCACACGAAUCGUCUCUGGCUCAAGCGACGGCACAAUUCGACAGUGGGAUGCAGAGACUGGCCAGCCAUUGGGAGAGCCACUCCAAGGUCAUGAAUCCUCGGUGAACGCUGUCGCAUUCUCACCAGAUGGCACACGAAUCGUCUCUGGCUCAAGGGACAGGACAAUUCGACAGUGGGAUGCAGAGACUGGCCAGCCAUUGGGAGAGCCACUCCAAGGUCAUGAAUACUCGGUGAACGCUGUCGCAUUCUCACCAGAUGGCACACGAAUCGUCUCUGGCUCUUGGGACAGGACAAUUCGACAGUGGGAUGCAGAGACUGGCCAGCCAUUGGGAGAGCCACUCCAAGGUCAUGAAGACGAUGUCAUGGCUGUCGCAUUCUCACCAGAUGGCACACGAAUCGUCUCUGGCUCAAGCGACAGCACAAUUCGACAGUGGGAUGCAGAGACUGGCCAGCCAUUGGGAGAGCCACUCCAAGGUCAUAAAGACGAUAUCAUGGCUGUCGCAUUCUCACCAGAUGGCACAAGAAUCGUCUCUGGCUCAAGCGACAGCACAAUUCGACAGUGGGAUGCAGAGACUGGCCAGCCAUUGGGAGAGCCACUCCAAGGUCAUAAAGACGAUGUCAUGGCUGUCGCAUUCUCACCAGAUGGCACACGAAUCGUCUCUGGCUCAAGGGACAGGACAAUUCGACAGUGGGAUGCAGAGACUGGCCAGCCAUUGGGAGAGCCACUCCAAGGUCAUGAAGACGAUGUCAUGGCUGUCGCAUUCUCACCAGAUGGCACACGAAUCGUCUCUGGCUCAAGCGACAGCACAAUUCGACAGUGGGAUGCAGAGACUGGCCAGCCAUUGGGAGAGCCACUCCAAGGUCAUGAAUCCUUCGUCAACACUGUCGCGUGCUCACCAGAUGGCACACAAGUUGUCUCUGGCUCCAUUGGUAGGACAAUUCAAAUCUCGAGCUCGGACAAUGGGCGACCUGUACCUGCACCUAUUCCUCACGAGCCUGCUCACGAGCCUGUCCCUCCACCCACACCAGAACCAGCACAAUCUAAACCCGCAGCUCCACAACGCCUGAGUCGCGAACUUCGAGCACUCACUGAUCAUACCAAUUUCGAGAAGGUCCCUACGAAUCUCCCAGCUCGACGACACACAAUUGCGCGGCAGCCAGGCACCUUGACUGAAUCUGACUCGGACCUUGACUUAAAUGAGAGCUCCGACGAGGAUAAUGUCCAAUUAGCUGCUGAAGGAGCGUUCUUACCCUCAAAUUCCAUCUCUCAUGUGUCAACUAAGGCUCGACGCUGGAGACCCAAGCCGAAUUUCGAAGCGCCUGAUCAUAUCCUCAUUCCCAUUGUUGAUGGUGUCGAAGCUGCCUUAAACGCAUCUACAAGCCGCGAGCCAACAACACUAGGAGAAGCUCUGAAACGCCCUGACGGCGACAAGUACGUCCAAGCGGCUACAGAAGAGGUCAGAGCUCACCUGGAAAACGGCACGUGGAAGCUUGUGCGACUCCCACAAGGCAAAAAGGCUAUCGGCUCACGUUGGGUAUUCAAAAUCAAACGUGAUGCUGACGGGUCUAUUAGCAAGUACAAGGGACGCAUUGUGGCCAAGGGAUACGCACAGCGAGAGGGAAUCGACUACACAGAGACCUUCGCACCAACAGCUCGCUUUGGUGCCCUUCGCACCAUCAUAGCACUUGCAGCACUUGAAGACUGA